AUGAAGACGCAGCGGGAGAGAGCCGCAAUAAAUACUUGUAAGUUGAUUGACAAGGCUCGUUAUCUCUCCCCCUGCAGUCGCCUGCAGCUCAGCUUCUGUUUCUCGUUUGGGAUAGAAAGUGUUGAGCGCUGCAGAGUCUCAGAGGACCCGCAGACUCACCCGCUCAGGGCCGUUCAGGUCAAACCGGGCUCAGUGGAGUCUGUUAAACUGGCUCUCGGAGGCUCUUUAGCAACAGCUGGUCUCCUCAUUGACUGUCCAUUCAAAGGAGAUUCAACUAUCAACAAUGCAGUAGGCAGUGACAUUAAUGCAAUCCUCGGUGAUCACACCAAAGCUCUGAUUGGACAGCUGAUCAUCUUUAACCAGAUCAUGGGAGAGCUGAGAGAGGAUAUCAGAGAACAGACAAAAGAGAUGUCUCUCAUCAGAAACACCAUUCUUGAAUGUCAAGUGUGUGGAUUCCAUGAGCCUCAGUCCCGAUGUCAUCCUAACCCCUGCUAUAAUGGCGUGGGCUGCAUGGAGAGCAUGAUGUUCCCAGGAUAUCUGUGUGGCCCCUGUCCAGAGGGCAUGACUGGAAAUGGAACACACUGCCAGGACAUCGACGAGUGUACCGCUCAGCCCUGUUUCUCUGCAGAGUUGUGUGUGAACACAGCUAAAGGCUUCACCUGUGAGUCCUGUCCCAUAGGAUUCACUGGUCCAACACUCAGGGGGGUGGGUUUUGAGUUUGCCAAGAGCCACAAGCAGGACUGUGUUGAUAUUGACGAAUGUACUGAGCACUUUGGUGCCUGUGUGCCCAACUCAGUCUGUAUAAAUACAGUGGGAUCGUUCAAGUGUGGCCAGUGUAAAGCAGGAUUUGUUGGUAAUCAGACUGCAGGCUGUUUUGUAAGCAGGACGUGUGAAACUCUGGGCUAUAAGCCCUGUGAUGUGAAUGCACACUGUGUGAUGGGCCGCAACAGUGACAUUUCCUGUGUGUGUAACAUCGGCUGGGCAGGUAAUGGUAAAAUUUGUGGUCCAGACUCAGACAUUGAUGGUUACCCAGAUGGCCCUCUUCCAUGCAUUGACAACGACAAACACUGCAGAGCGGACAACUGUGCAAAUACCCCAAACUCUGGGCAAGAGGACACAGAUGGAGAUGGGAUUGGUGAUCAGUGUGAUGAGGAUGCAGAUGGAGAUGGAAUUAAAAAUGUUGAGGACAACUGUCGUCUGGUCCCUAAUAAGGACCAGCAGAACUCUGACACAGACUCCUAUGGCGAUGCUUGUGAUAACUGCCCAAACGUUCCCAAUGGAGAUCAGCUUGAUACUGAUGGCAAUGGCAAGGGAGACAUCUGUGACAAUGAUAUUGAUGGAGAUGGCAUCCCUAACGUGUUGGAUAACUGUCCUAAGAUACCCAACCCCAUGCAGACAGACCGAGAUGGAGAUGGUGUGGGUGAUGCCUGUGACAGCUGUCCUGAGGUCAACGAUCCAUUGCAGUCAGAUAUGGACAACGAUUUGGUGGGAGAUGUAUGUGAUACAAACAAGGACAUGGAUGGUGAUGGAUAUCAGGACACGCGGGAUAACUGCCCUGAAGUGCCCAACAGUUCUCAGCUGGACUCAGAUAAUGAUGGCAUCGGGGACGAGUGUGAUGAUGAUGAUGAUAAUGAUGGAAUUCCAGAUAUCCUUCCUCCCGGCCCAGAUAACUGCAGACUUGUUCCCAACCCCAGUCAAAAAGAUACUGAUGCCAAUGGAGUUGGUGACAUGUGUGAGACAGACUUUGACAAUGAUAAGGUGACUGACUUGUUGGAUGCGUGCCCUGAAAGUGCAGAGGUCACUAUGACAGAUUUCAGGGCAUUCCAGACAGUCAUUCUCGACCCAGAAGGAGAUGCUCAGAUCGACCCCAAUUGGGUGGUACUAAAUAAGGGAAUGGAGAUUGUGCAGACCAUGAACAGCGACCCUGGUUUGGCUGUGGGCUACACGGCAUUUAAUGGUGUCGAUUUUGAGGGCACAAUCCAUGUGAACACGGCCACUGAUGAUGAUUACGUGGGCUUCAUCUUUGGCUAUCAGGACUCUUCAAGCUUCUAUGUAGUAAUGUGGAAACAGACAGAACAGACGUAUUGGCAGAAUUUACCUUUCAAAGCCUCAGCUCAGCCUGGAAUACAGCUUAAGGCAGUGAAGUCUCGUACAGGUCCUGGUGAGUAUCUGCGUAAUGCCCUGUGGCACACAGGAGACACACCAGGGGAAGUUACUUUGCUCUGGAAGGACCCAAGAAAUGUGGGCUGGAAGGACAGAACGUCCUAUCGCUGGCACCUCACUCACCGCCCACAGGUGGGCUACAUACGAUUAAGAUUGUAUGAAGGUACAGCCCUAGUGGCAGAUUCAGGAGUCGUGAUAGACACAACUAUGAGAGGAGGGCGGCUGGGCGUCUUCUGCUUCUCUCAGGAGAACGUCAUAUGGUCUAAUCUCGGCUAUAGAUGCAAUGAUUCCAUCCCAGAUGACUUUAUUCUGAAGCAGAUGAAUGUGAGGACAUAAGCAUCCCCUCAUCUCAAGAAGCUAUGUCUACAUGUGUGCUUGUGUAUAUGUGUGUGUUUGGAGUGGUAGGAAGAGAUAAUGAUUGAAAUUAGUUUUUUAUCUUGUGCAAUUCUAAAUCAGAAUUAUAAACUACACAGCGCAAGUUUGCAUUGUGCACCAACAUGAGUAUUAUGGUGUGGUAUAGGAAAAAUUGUUUACUCAACAAACCCUUAAAUAUAAAGCUAAUGGAAUAAAUGUUCUAAAGAUUUAAAAGCAAAUAAGCAAUUAAUAAGGUUGUAAAAUAAUGCAGGCAGUAAAAAAAUGACUAAAUAAGUUGACUGUGAAUUUGACGGUUUGCAAACAUUGUUAAUAAAAAUGUGUUCACAGACGUUUGUCCAUGAAACAUAUGCACAGUCGUGUUUCAUUGUA